AUGGACUAUAAAUCAGUAAAACAGCUGUCAUUAUCUCUGCUGCUCAUGGACUUACUAGAAGAUGGAAGUGGAUGGUACAGGUGGACAGCUACAUACACAUCAUACCUCUCCUCUUCAGGUUACCUAACCAAACUUCUGCAAAAUCAUACUGCCUAUGCCUGCGAUGGGGAAUAUUUGAGUCUGCACUGUCCUCGGCAUUCAACAAUAAGUGUCCAGUCAGCAUUUUAUGGGCAAGACUACCACAUGUGUAGCACUCAGGAGCCUGAAGCCAGGAUGACAGAACCCAUGAACUGUGUGGCACCCACCUCUUUGCAGAAAGUACUGGAUGAAUGCCAAAACCUGAGAUCCUGCCAACUCCUUGUCAAUAGUCGGGUUUUUGGACCUGAUCUGUGUCCAGGGACCACUAAAUUCCUCCUUGUCUCCUUUAAAUGCAAACCUACUGAAUACAAAACCAAAUCAGCAUGUGAAAACCAGGAACUGAAACUCCACUGUCAGGAGUCCAAGUUCCUCGUCAUCUACUCUGCUACAUACGGCAGAUGGGCACAUGAGGAGAAAGUCUGCUCAACAGAAGUGGAGCGCAUCCCCCCCUUUGACUGUUUGUCUUACACGGCGCUAGAAGUUUUAUCAAAAAGGUGUUAUGGGAAACAGAGGUGCAAAAUCAUUGUCACUAGCCAGGAUUUUGGAAGUCCCUGCCUACCUGGAGUGACAAAAUACCUGAACGUCAGCUAUGCAUGUGUCCCUAAAUUUAUCCUCACGGCUGUCAACUCACUGGUCACUGACAGCGGGUCUUCCGUUAAGCAGAAUGAUGGUGUCAACCUGGACCCAAAGGAAUCAAGACUUCCAAAGAAAGAUGGAACUAUUGUUAGCAACUCCUUGGCUACAUUUGCAUACAUUAGAGAUCACCCUGAAAGAGCAGCUCUCCUGUUCAUGUCCAGCGUUUGUGUGGGAUUAAUCUUCACACUCUGUGCUUUGGUGAUCUGUGGGUGGUGCUCAAAUGACUUCCAGAAAUUGCACAGAAAGAAGGAGCACUUAGUGCCAGAAAGUGACAGAGCGUACGAGAACAGUGAAAAUGAGGAGGAGGAGGAGGAGGAUUCCUCUGAUUCGGAUAUCCAGGAUGAGGUAGCAGGACUUUACAGGCCUUCUUACUCAGGUUAUAGUUCGACAGAGGCGGCGGAACUGGCCGAAAGGAUAGAGCGCAGGGAGCAGAUCAUACAAGAAAUUUGGAUGAACAGUGGUUUGGAUAUGACACCUCCUAGAAAUAUGAAUACAUUUUAUAUUAAUGAACAAUAA